UCUUGAAAGUUUCAGUUGGUCCAAUGAAAACAAAUAACACUAAUUGAUCACUCCUUUUCAUACUCUUAUGUAUUUUGUUCCAUCACUUUAUUAUAACCUUCAUCCUUCCAUAAUAGUAAUAAGUGUGUGAAAAAAACAAAAAAGAUUAUCAAAAUCAAACCCCACUUUAGUUUUCCUUUUGAUUUGUUGGAUCCAUAGAUCUAACACUCUUUCACUUUCAGAUCUUCUAUUUUCCACUGUAAAAGAUUUGUAGAACACAUAUUACUUGCUUUGAGGAGGAACAUAUGCAAAGUUGAGGUUUACUAGAAGAGCCAAGGUUUAAUUAGUGUCCUGUUUAGAUGGUGUAUUGGAGGAGAUGAGAUUUGUAGAACACAUAUUACUUGCUUUGAGGAGGAACAUAUGCAAAGUUGAGGUUUACUAGAAGAGCCAAGGUUUAAUUAGUGUCCUGUUUAGAUGGUGUAUUGGAGGAGAUGAGGUAUGUUAGUAGUAUUAAUGAACUUCUUCAGGGCCUGUUUUCAGCCAAGGGCGAAUCGACACGUUCAUACAGGUUCGGAUGCCAGUGGACGUCAAGAUGGGCUGUUAUGGUAUAAGGAUACAGGGCAACAUUUUAAUGGAGAGUUCUCAAUGGCUGUAGUUCAGGCUAAUAAUCUAUUGGAAGAUCAGAGUCAAGUCGAAUCCGGGUGCUUGGGCUUACAUGAUUCAGGACCAUAUGGUACCUUUGUUGGAAUUUAUGAUGGACAUGGUGGCCCUGAGACUUCAAGGUUCAUCAAUGAGCACCUCUUUCAUCAUCUCCAGAUGUUUACGUCGGAGCAGCAAUCCAUGUCUGUGGAGGUGAUCCGGAAGGCAUUUCAAGCAACAGAAGAAGGUUUCCUCUCAGUUGUCACAAGGCAAUGGCCCGUAAAACCUCAGAUUGCUUCUGUUGGAUCAUGCUGCCUAGUUGGAGUUAUCUGCAAUGGGACAUUAUAUAUUGCCAACCUUGGCGAUUCACGAGCAGUCUUGGGGAGCCUUGUCAAGGCAACUGGAGAGAUUCUUUCUAUUCAGCUUUCUGCAGAACACAAUGCAAGUAUCGAAUCUGUAAGGCAGGAAAUGCAGUCUUUGCAUCCAGAUGACAAGCAAAUUGUAGUUUUAAAGCACAAUGUCUGGCGCGUGAAGGGCCUUAUCCAGAUUUCAAGAUCCAUUGGUGAUGUGUACUUAAAGAAAGCUGAAUUCAACAGGGAACCGUUGUAUGCUAAGUUUCGUCUGCGUGAACCGUUUACAAGGCCCAUAUUGAGUUCAGAUCCAGAUAUUUUGGUGCACCAGGUGCAACCUCAGGAUCAGUUUGUUAUAUUUGCCUCGGAUGGUCUCUGGGAGCACCUAAGUAACCAAGAAGCUGUUGACAUUGUACAAAAACACCCACGCAAUGGGAUCGCCAAAAGACUAGUAAAAACUGCAUUACAAGAAGCAGCAAAGAAGAGGGAGAUGAGGUACUCAGACUUGAAAAAAAUCGACCGUGGAGUACGUCGACAUUUCCACGAUGACAUCUCCGUUGUGGUAACAUUCCUCGACUCGGAUCUCGUGAGCAGGGCUAGCUCUGUGAAGGCGCCUAACCUGUCUGUAAAAGGUGGCGGCAUAAGUCUGCCUCGAAACACACUUGCUCCAACCUAACGUGGUGCCUCGAUCAAUGAAGCUCUUCCAAAUGAUGUUGGUACUAAUUGCUUGUGAAUACCAGGUAGCUUCUGAAAAGAUGAUAACAGCAGGCCUACAUUUUUGUUUGUUUUAAUGUACACCUUUAGUUUAACUGAGAUUAAUACAGAUUUAGUUCCUAUGCUCGAGGGACUUGAAAAAAGAGAUCUACACAAUUAUGUGGCGUAAUUCCUUAGGCUUCCUCUACUCGUUUAUUUGGAUUUUGUAAAUUAUUAUGUGACCUGGCCGCUGUAAAUGUUUUUAUGCCUUAAUUAUUCUUUAACGGUCUA